UCUGAUUGGUUAAGGGUUGAUCUGGUGGAACGGCAGACACGACGUAUUGGCCAUUCGCAGGAUAAGAUCAGUACAAGCCCCGCCCACUGGUCAAGUCGUCUACAAGGCUCAAGUAUAACAACCUUCCCAACGGCUUUGCUGUCUAGCUUCAGUUUAGUCCAUCUUUCUGAUUAUUUAUAACCGAUCACUAAAGUAAAGAUCCUGCGUUAUCUUUCAGCCUUCGGAAUGCCGCAGAAGAUCAAGGCUGGAUCUGUUGUGGAGCUGCAGGGAGAUGAGAUGACCAGAGUGAUCUGGGAGCUGAUUAAAGAGAAGCUCAUCUUUCCUUACCUGGAGUUAGACCUGCACAGCUAUGACCUGGGCAUUGAGAACCGUGAUGCCACUAAUGACCUGGUGACGGUGGAUGCUGCAGAGGCGGUGCGUCGCUACAAUGUGGGCAUCAAGUGUGCCACCAUCACGCCUGAUGAGAAGCGUGUGGAGGAGUUCAAGCUCAAGCAGAUGUGGCGCUCUCCCAAUGGAACCAUCCGGAACAUCCUGGGUGGCACCGUCUUCCGCGAAGCUAUCAUAUGCAAGAACAUCCCACGCCUAGUGCCCGGCUGGACCAAACCUAUCAUCAUCGGUAGGCACGCCCACGGAGACCAGUACAAAGCCACAGACUUCGUUGUUCCUGGGCCUGGAAGAGUAGAGAUGACGUACACACCCAAGGAUGGAGGGAAGCCUCUCAACUUUGUUGUCCAUGACUUUGAAGGCACCGGUGGCGUGGCUCUGGGCAUGUACAACACAGACAAGUCCAUCCGCGACUUCGCUCACAGCUCUUUCCAGAUGGCGCUGUCCAAAGCCUGGCCUCUGUACCUCAGCACCAAGAACACCAUCCUCAAGAAAUACGACGGUCGCUUCAAAGAUAUCUUUCAGGAGAUCUAUGAGAAGGAAUACAAGUCUCAGUUCGAGGCUAAGGGCAUCUUGUAUGAGCACAGACUGAUUGACGACAUGGUGGCCCAGGCCAUGAAGUCCGAUGGAGGAUUUAUCUGGGCCUGUAAGAACUACGACGGAGACGUGCAGUCCGACGCUGUGGCUCAGGGUUACGGCUCUCUGGGCAUGAUGACCAGUGUGCUGGUGUGUCCUGAUGGACGCACAGUGGAGGCUGAAGCUGCUCACGGCACAGUCACACGUCACUAUCGCCAACACCAGCAGGGCAAGGAGACGUCCACUAACCCUAUCGCCUCCAUCUUUGCCUGGACGCGAGGGCUGCUGCAUCGGGCCACUCUAGAUAAGAACGAUGAGCUACGGGUCUUUGCUCAGGCUCUGGAAGCCGUCUGCAUUGAGACCAUCGAGGCCGGAUUCAUGACCAAAGAUCUGGCCAUUUGCAUCAAGAGCAUGGCCAGUGUGCAGCGCGUGGACUACCUGAACACCUUCGAGUUCCUGGACAAGCUGGCGGAGAAUCUGAAGGUCAAGCUGUUGAGCCAACCCAAACUGUGAAGCCGUCCAUUAUACUCAACACACUCAGACUCACAGGACUGACGCACUCAGAUCUCAACCCCUCGUCCAGUGCCAAUCCACAGGCAUGGUCAACCUCGUCUCCUGGUCUGUGCAAAGACACACAGGACCAUACCACUACUACCAGACGGGGGCACUUUCAGGAGGAAGAAAUGAAAGGGUACAAAGCGUUUUAAAGGGUUAGAGAUGGCAUAAACACAUACAGCACUAUAUAUUUUUUUUUUUACUGUUUUAGCUCCAACUAGGAAUCCUGUACUUACUAUAUUAAUUUGAAUACAUUCGAUGUGUCAGAUUUAUGCUCAAUCUAAGGCAUUGUUUUAAUGUUGUCAAGUUUAUAUUGCAAUUGUAACAACAUAACAAAUUGACAUUUUUACAUUUCCCUAGGCAGUAAAUUAUGUAGGACAUGUUCUGGCCAGGCUGUGAGGCUGUGUCAUGGUUUUCGAACACUUGUUGCCUUAUAUACGUGUGUAUGUGUGUGGUGUCUUUUCAUAGAUCAUGUCAACGUAUAAAACCCAUCAACAGUGGAAUAAAUUCAUUGAAAAUGCGUUUCCAUCA